CUGAACUUUCUCCCCGGCUCCAGCAGCUUUUCCCGGGCUGUUCCUCGGAGGAAUGCACGGAGCGGGAACCCGGCGGCUCGCGCGUCUCCGGCGGGAUAAAUGCACGAGGAGCAGCAUGCGCUCGUGACGGGCAGCUCGCGGUCUUCCGGCCGUUCCUUUCCCGGGCGGGGCGCUGCUCUCGGCCCGGCAUGCAGAGCGGGGGCCGGCCCGGAGGAGGAGGAGGGCCCGGCGGCGGCUGGGUGCUGCUGGAGGCCCGGCUGCAGGGCGGAGCGCCCUGGGGCUUCACCCUGCAGGGCGGCCUGGAGCACGGACAGCCGCUCAUCAUCUCCAAGAUAGAGGAGGGAGGAAAGGCCGAGUGCCUGGAGCAGCCUCUGCUUGUGGGCGACGAGAUUAUCAUCAUCAACGAGGUGGAGCUGACCGGAUACCGACAGGAGGCCAUCGCCCUGGUCAAAGGCUCGCACAAGACCCUGCAGCUCACCGUCCGCAGGGAGUUGGAUGCCGGAUACAUUGAGGAGUUUGCGUCUUCACCCCCCUCCUUCGCCUCUCUUCUUCCUCCUCCUUCGUCGCCGCGGCGGACGCCUCCGUCACCUCCGCGCUCUGGACCAUGUUCGGGAGUCCAGCUCCGCAUCAGGACCAGACGCAGUGAGCCGGUGUCCCGUCCUCACUCCUGGCACUCGGCCAAGCUCGGCGACGCUCGGCAGGAGUUGGACCGGGCGGCGAUGGACACCAUGAGCAGCAGCUGGCACCACAACUACCACACCAGCGCCUCCACCAUGGACCUGUCCGGCGGGUUCGACUCGGGCGUGAGCUACCUGAGGAAGAGUCCGGACCAGUACAGCUCGAGGGGCAGCAUGGAGAGCCUGGACCCCCCGCUGUCCUCUCAGCUCCCCUCUGGAGCGCAGCACCACCACCACCACCACCACCACCACCCGCUGGGCCACCACGGCCACAGCGGGUCCCACCCCACCUACUCCUCCUGCCAUCAGCUGUCCUCCGCCAGGUCGUCCAACAGCAUCGACCACCUCCACAGCAAGCGGGACUCCGCCUACUCCUCCUUCUCCACCAGCUCCAGUAUCCCGGAGUACCUGGCCUCCACGCCCUCCUUCAGCCCGGAGCGCUCCUACUCGCUGGAGACCGUCCCUCAGAGAGGGGGAGGCGGCGCUGACAUGCAGCAGGCAGACUUACGCUACGUCCGAACGGUUUACGACAACCAGCAGGGCCUGGCGCAGGAGCAGGAGCUGAGCUCCAGCAGUGAGUUGAGAGGAGGAGGAGGAGCAGCGAGGCCCGCGGCGAGAGACCGACAAGGUUCAGUGGGCGGGGUGUGUUACCAUGGCGGCAGCAGCAGCGGCAGCAGCAGCGGCAGCAGCAACGGCGGCGCCCCGGCUUCAAACAGACACAGCGUGGGCUCCAUAUGGGGCCCGGCGGCCAGCCGCAGCUCCUACGAGAGCCUGAAGGGGGUGCCGGCUCCCCCGAGACGCAGCGAUAGCUACGCCGCCAUCAGGAACCACGAGAGACCAAACUCCUGGUCCAGUCUGGAUCACGCCCGGCCGCUACGGUCUCUGCAGAAAGGCUCCUGGCAUCACUCCAGUGGCUCCGUCGCAUCAGCCAAAGGCUCGUAUGGCGCAGAGGGUCAGCUCCACACAGUCAUAGAGAAAAGUCCGGAAAGCAGCCCCACCACGAAGCCCCGACAGGGUGGCUUUCCCCAGCCCCCGUCCCCGACUGGACCUCCGUCCGGCCCUGCGGGCCCCGCCCCGGCUCUCCCCUCCAGCUGGCUCAUCCUCCCCACCAGCGUGUACCCUGUCCUGAGGCCCGAGCCGCACUACGCACAGACACCCAGCUCUAAUCCCGGCUCUAGUCCCGGCCCGGGACCGCUGAAAGUCUUCCCUGCACCGGCGAAGGAGGGCGGGCGACAGCAGCAACCGCCAGGACUGACCGGGAGGGAGGAUGGAGCAGCGGAGGGGGGCAGGACGACCACCGAAAACGGAUACUCCCACAGGUCCUAUCCAACAACGGCUUCCUCACAGCUCCGGACUCCAGCGUACGGGACGGAAAGUUAUCACCAGAGCGACUCUGACAGCAGGCCCUACAGUCAGCACAGGAAAACUCCGGAAGGGGAAUUGGAAGUCCGGACGAGGCUGCAGAGGCCUCCGAAUGAGCAGGGAUCUUACAGUCAGAGCACCCAGGAGCCCAGUGUUCUUAUGAGCCAAGCAUACCCGGACCCGGACCAGGACCUGGACCAGUCCUUCCACAUCCAGCAGAUCCAUACAGCCCCUGACCUGAGACCCCAAACCUCACAAGACGUACCUGUCCAGCCCCGGAGAGACAGAAGCAGAUCAUUGGACCAGACCAGCUCUCACUCCUCAGAUCCCGUCACAUAUCCCAGACCUGCUCAGGACCAGACGCCUCACAGCCACGCCCCUCCUCACCCUCAGCCCAGACCCGUCCCCGCCUACCAGCCUUCUUCACGCCACUUCAGUGAGUCGGCAGCCAUGCACUACCAGCACCUGGACCCCCGAGAGCAGGACGGGGACCGAGAGCACCCCCUGACUCGCCUGGAGAACGCUCUCGCCGAGGUCCAGCAGUGCCCCCCUCCCAACGCUGUCGACUCAGCCGGCGGCCAUGACAGCAGCAGCUUUAGCGACGGCCCGCGGGGGCCGGUCCGCAGCCUCUCGGUGUUGGAGAAAGUCAGUCGAAUCGAGCGUCGGCAGGCCGGAAAGACUCGCAGCCACAGCACGAGCACCUCACACAACCACCUGCGGGUAACGGAGAAGGGUCGCAGUUCCCCCUGCGGAGCCGAAGACCUCCGGCACAUGCUGGAGAGAAGCACCAAAGCCCAGCGGACCAUGAGCUACCGAGGAGGGAGCAGCGAACAGAUGAAGCACAGGUCUUCGGCGGAUCCCAGUUUAGCCCUUCAGAGGAGCCGGAGCACUCUCCAAGUGGAUGCAUCUUCUUAUGGAGACGGCGGCAAGGACUUCCCCUGGAGACAGGAAAUCCAGGAGUUGUUGGGUCCCAUACAGGACAUACACGCCAACAGAUCUUACAGGGACCGUUUGAAAGACGCCCAGUCGAGCGUCCUGCGCUCCACCUCCUUCAGACGCCGAGACCUGAGCUCCUCAGUCAGCAGCCCGCCUCCAGCCGCUGCUCCACCGCUCCCCUCCUCCGGCGGCCAGCAGCCUCCGCCCGCUCCCGCCAAGUUCCCCUCCCUUGAGAAAAAAGGUCCCAAAACGAUGCCCAAGCCCCAGGGAGUCAUCAUCACGCCACACUUCGCGUCGCCCGUCACGUCCCCACACACCCCGAAGGAGAGGCACGUGGUCAGUCCGGAGGUCCGCGGCCCGAGCCCGCCGGCGCUGCCCGUCAUCCCGCCUGUCGGGGCGCCCGCCACGUUUCGGAUCUGCGGCCGCAAGCGCCUGACGGCGGACCAGAAGAAGCGUUCGUACUCCGAGCCAGAGAAUAUGAAUGAGGUCGGGGUUUCGGAUGCAGAGACUGCUGCCCUCUUCAGACGAGGAGGAGAAACCAGCGUGGCCGAUCGGCGGAGGGUUUUCGAACUCGCGGCGAGCGGGAUCGGAAGCGCCACGUCGAGACCAGACCUCCGGCAGGUUCAACAGGACGCUCUGGCUGAGUAUGUGGAGAGGAAGCGAGCCGGACGGCGGGAUGAGGGCGGCCACAGGGGCGGGUGGAGACCCCGCAGUGCCUAUCUGGGCCCGGAGAGCAGCAGCCAUACAGACACCCUCAGCCUGUCCUCCACCUCCAGUCUGCUCUCCCUUCAGGACACUGCUCUGGACCGCAGUUUCUGCUCCCCCGACCGGCAGAUGCUGCAGUCCAACCUCUUCUACCCCGGCAGGGUGACCACCCCGAGGCCUCCGGCGCAGCCGCUGCCUGGUUCUCCUGCUGGCUCCAGUCUGGAACUCCAGGACCUCCUCCCUGCAGCUCGGUUCGGCAGGCAGGCCGAGUCUCCCAGCAGACGCCUCGCCGAGCCUCUGGCCGAGCCGGGGCCGUCCCGGCAGCCCAACGGGGCUCUGCAGAGAACCGGCUCGGUGUCUGCCGAGAACCUUCUGGAGCGGUCAGACGAGAAACCGAUCUCCCCUCAGCAUCACCGCUCCCGCUCCUCGCCCUCAGCCGAGAGGAUGAACCAGGACUUGGCUCCAGGCGACGUCAGGAUGUUCGGCGUCUUCGUCUCAGAGCCUGGACGCUGUGCGCUGGCUGCAGACAGGCCUUCAGACGUCGGUCCGUCCCCUCCCCCCCCUCACGUCGGCGUGGAGGCCUUCCGUCCCGCCGGACCGUCUCCAGACCCCGGCUCCGCCCACACUCCCGCCCCCCGCCGGGAGCGGCAGCGGACCAGCGAGCGGCAGCGCGCCCUGAGCACCUCCACCCUGGCGGCCUCCGUCGGCCUGCCCUGCCCCUUCUCGCCUCCGGGGGCGGCCGAGUGGCAGGCCAGCGAGAGGCUGAGUCAGGCCAACCUGGACAACAUCACCUUCCCUCAGACGGGCGGGGGCGACGGAGGCGACGGGGGCGGGGGUGACGCAGUGGAGGCCACGGACAGACCGAGCAGACACAGUCUGAGUGACGCCAGCAUCUUGGAAGAGCCGGCGGAGCCGUUCCGAGGCAGGGCCUUCAGUCUGGACACCAGAAGAGACCGAACCAGACCGGCUCCGCCCGCCGGCCCCCCGCCGCCACAUGGACAACCUGCCGGGGCCCCGCCCUCCCCUCCCCCGCCCCCGCAUCCGCCCGCACAGCGCCUGUCCUCGCUGCGGAUCUCCGAGUCCGGCUUCUUCGACUGCGUGGACCAGCCGCCGCCGCCGCCGGAGCUCUCCGUGACGCCGCAGGACGACCUGGACGAGGUCUUCCUCCAGAGUCCGGCCCGCCCUCCGCCCUCACUGCCCGCCACAGACACCGUCCCCACGGAGGACUUCCCCCCUCCUCCUCCACCCGUGCUCUUCGAGCAGGCAGCUGACAGCUGUGGUCCCGAGUUCUGGGAUGACUCCAGGAAUCCCCCCCUCCAGUCCUCCCCCUCCGUCCCCCCUCCUGCUGUCUCCGCUCCGCCGCCGGUCUCAGCCGUCAACACGUCCAGGGCGGAGGAGGAGCCUGAAGGGCUGCAGUACCUGCCGCUGCCCCCCAGGGAGAAGACCCCGGAGGAGCUGAGGGUGGAGGAGCUGUCCCGGAAGCUGGUGUCCCUGGACCCUUCUCUGGCGCCGCUCCUGGACGCCUCCAGGGGAAAAUCCACCGUGGACAUGAUGAACGAGAUCUUCCCAAACUGCAGGCCGAGCCUCAGAGGCCAGCAGCAGCAGGGUGGGGGGGGGCCCGCGUUCGGAAGAGUUGGAGAAGUCUUCAGUGAUCCUGCUGAGGGUGAAGACGCAGACGGAGGAGGCCCGGCUGCUUUAGAGGAAGACGAGAAAGAUCUGAACGCCAGAAAGGUGGAGCUGGUGGCGGCCCUGAGGAGCAGCAUGGCGGCGCUGCAGCGGGAGAAGGAGGCGCUGAGCGAGGAGCAGCGGCGCCACCGGGCUCUGGGGGCCAGCCUGGAGAGCCUGGUGCAGGAGCGGCUCAAGCCCAACGAGCGGGACAAGUUCAGCAUGUUCAUCGGAGACCUGGAUCGGAUCGUGAACCUGCUGCUGUCGCUGUGCGGCCGGCUGUCCAGGAUCGACCGGGCGCUGCUGGGGCUGCAGAGCGCAGAGCUGCCAGCAGAGGACGCCGCAGACGAGCGGGUGAGGCGCGCCGUCCCGCUGGAGGCUGCACGUUCUCCCUGGGCGAGCAGGUUCCACCGCUGUCCUGACGCUCUCUGUCGCCCCCUUCAGGAGUCGCUGCUCCACAAGCGCUCCCUGCUGCUCCGCCAGACCGAAGACGCCCGCGAGCUGAAGGAGAACCUGGACCGGCGGCAGCGCGCCGUGCACGCCAUCCUGUCCGGGUACCUGUCCGAGGCCCGGCUGAGGGACUACCGCCGCUUCGUGAGCGCCGGGCCGUCCCUCCUGAUGGGGCGGCGCCGCCUGGACGACCUGCUGCGGCAGGAGGACGAGCGGCUGGCGCAGCUGCUGGAGGCGCUGCCGCCGGAGCUGGCCGACGCCCACCGCCGCCCCGGCCGGCCGCCCGGCCCGGAGCUCGCCGUCAGGCCCACCGCCGUCACGUCGCUGUGAAGGACUGCUUCCUCUCACCCUGCCUAAGACUCUUUUAAAGUCUGCUUCCGGGACGGACAGCGCCACCUACACUUCAUUCUUUGCAUUUUCCUGUUUUGCAACUCCUGUCACGUCAUGUUAGGCAUGUUUGUGUGAAAUGUUGUUGUUAUUUUUUAUUAUUGGCCAAAAGUCCCCGGCAGCAGCCUUCAGGCUCCGUCAGGGAUCUGAAGCGAGCGAAGCCGCCCUCGCCGUCCGAAUGACCAGACCCCUGUCCGGAGACUCGCCACGCCUGCUCAGCACUCGCACAUGUACAGACAAUAAAUUAACACCAAAUCCGGA